CUGCGAGGGACUGGAAAACUGGCACCUUGCAUAAAUGCCUGCGGAACUCAAACAGGAACAAAGCCCCAGUAACCAGACAUCAAUAGCGAUGAUGCAAGAGCCUCAAGAAAUGGUGGAAGAGACAGUUACUGUGGAGGAAGACCCAGGCACUCCCACUUCCCACGUGUCUAUUGUCACUUCUGAAGAUGGAACCACGAGGAGAACUGAAACCAAGGUUACCAAAAUGGUCAAAACAGUCACCACCAGAACAGUGCGUCAGGUGCCACUUGGGCCUGAUGGCCUGCCAUCAAUGGAUGGCUCGUCUCCCAUGGGCAGCUACACAGAUUCAAUAGACAGAAGGUACAUGAAGAAUGGGGAGCGGUACAUCACACCACAAGCAUCUUCCACGUUAACCAGAUCUUACAACAGCUACAACGAUUCUUACGCUGAAAGCCACGAAGGCCAGUAUCGCCCUUAUAUCAGCCAUGAUGGUUAUGGAGAUCUAUCUGAUAACUAUGGCAGCUUGUCUCGUGGUGUCAACUACCGUCCUCGCUAUGCCUAUGUGCCAGGAAACAGUUACAGGCCAGAUGAUGGUAGUUUCACCUUGCCAAGCAGAAGGGAUAACUACGGUCCUGUUGCUCAGCCUCAGGUGCCAGUGGGUAGCAACGUUGACUUGAACCGCUCCCAGCCAGAACGCUUCCAGCCAGAGCCCUAUGGACUGGAAGAUGAUAACCGCAGCCUUGGAGUAGAUGAUGAAGGAUACGAACUGGAUCCUGAUUACUCCACUGUAAACCGGAGGACGUCUGCAGGUGUGCCAGAGAGAGGAAGACCUCACAAAGGAAGGGGCUACGAUGACCCCAUCGAGACAGAGAUGGUUGAAGAGAGGAUCCCUUACCUUCAUGGUGGCUACGCAGCACCGCUGGCACAGCCAGAGAGAGGAAGCAUGGCUAGUAUUGACCGUCUGGGGAAGCGCUCCCCCUCUAUUGACAGCAUUCGUAAAGACCCCAGGUGGAGGGAUCCUGACCUCCCUGAAGUAAUUGCCAUGCUCAGCCACCCUAUUGAUCCAGUCAAGUCGAACGCCGCAGCCUACUUGCAGCACUUGUGCUACGAGAAUGAUAAAAUCAAAAAGGACGUGAGGCACCUUAAAGGGAUACCUAUCUUGGUGGGCCUACUUGAUCAUCCAAAGCCAGAGGUCCAUCGUAAAGCCUGUGGGGCGCUCAGAAACAUCUCCUAUGGGAAGGAUAAUGAAAACAAGGUGGCUAUAAAGAACUGUGAUGGAAUCCCUGCAUUGAUCAGACUAUUGCGAAAAACAAAUGACAUGGAAGUCAGAGAGCUAAUUACAGGCACCCUGUGGAACUUGUCCUCCUAUGAACCCCUGAAGAUGGUCAUCAUUAACCAUGGUCUGCAGACACUUACCAAUGAGGUGAUUAUACCCCAUUCAGGUUGGGAGAGUGAGCCGAACGAGGACUCUAAGCCUCGCGAUGCUGAAUGGACAACUGUCUUCAAGAACACUUCUGGUUGCUUACGGAAUGUAAGUUCAGAUGGAGCAGAAGCACGCAGAAGACUAAGAGAGUGUGAUGGCUUGGUGGAUGCCCUCCUUCAUGCUCUACAGUCUGCAGUUGGCAAGAAGGAUACAGACAAUAAGUCUGUGGAGAACUGCGUGUGCAUCAUGCGGAACCUUUCUUAUCACGUCCACAAAGAGGUCCCUGGAGCUGAUAAGUACCAAGAACUAGAUGCCAGUCAGACUACAAGCACAGGAGGCUCUCAGAAGAAGAAGAAAGAUGAUGCUGGUUGUUUUGGUGGGAAAAAAGCUAAAGGAAAGAAGAAUGGAGAUUUGGACAGGAAUUUUGAUACACUUGAUUUGCCUAAACGGUCUGAAGCCGCAAAAGGCUUUGAAUUACUGUACCAGCCAGAUGUGGUCCGACUGUACCUCUCCAUCCUCACUGAAAGUCAGAACUUCAACACUCUGGAAGCUGCAGCGGGGGCUUUGCAGAAUCUCAGUGCUGGCAACUGGACAUGGUCCACGUACAUCCGUGCAACAGUGCGGAAGGAGAGAGGCUUACCAGUGCUUGUGGAGCUGCUCCAGUCCGACUCUGACAAGGUUGUGAGGGCUGUGUCAAUUGCCCUGAGAAACCUUUCUAUGGAUCGUCGCAAUAAAGAUCUUAUAGGUAGUUAUGCCAUGGGUGAGCUGGUAAGAAAUUUGCCCAGCAGGCAGCAAAGAUCUGCAAAGAACCUGGAAGAGGAUACAGUGGUUGCGGUGUUGAAUACCAUCCAUGAAAUCAUUACUGACAGCUCAGAAAAUGCAAGGUCUCUGAUCCAGACGCAGGGCAUUCAGAAGCUGGUAGCUAUCAGCAAGUCAAGCCAGUCUCCCAGAGAAACAAAAGCAGCAUCUCACGUUCUUCAGAUGAUCUGGAGCUAUAAAGAACUACGAAAUGCCCUGCAGAAGGAUGGGUGGAACAAAUCACACUUCCAGUCUGUUUCUGCAACUCCAAAGGGUUCCAAAGGUACUGCUGGCAGGUCUGGCUACGACGACAGCACUUUGCCUCUGGUGGAUAAAAGUCAAGAUAACGAGAAGGCUGGGAGUCGUGAUAUGAUACCUAUGGAUGAACUUGGCCCAGAUGGGUACUCCACCAUCGAUCACCGGGACAAGGAGCGCAAAUACAAGACCAGUGAUAACACAGGGGAUGCCUCGGAGAAAGAACCUUUAAAAGGCUAGAGUCCAACCACAUUUUUUUUAAUUGAGGGGGAGAAACAAACAUUGAAUCGACACAGACGAUCUCAUCAGUCACCACUGCCAUUCAGAUUUGGAGGGCGCUGCAUCACUGACCAGGCUGCAGAUUCUAGGAGGAUGUGGGGAGAAAACACAACUGACUGCCAUUGCCGACCCCGGAGCACCAUGCCUUACAGCGAGACAAUUUGCUUUUUAACUCAGUUAGAUUCCCACCAGAAAUAGCCACCACCUCCCCCUCCCUCCCACUCCUGCAAGAAGAAAGCAAGCAAGAAAAGAGAACCCAAGCUUCCAUCUAGCUGGCUGCGUUCUUAGGUGACUCUUACGUGUGGAUGGUGCCAAGUAGAUGAGAAGUGAAGUUCAUGCAAAGAAGACAGCUUCACAAGUGAAAGAGAAACUGCAGAAUAUUUGAAAUAAUAUCGUAGAUGUAGCCAUGAAGAUAAUAGCACUUUUCUGGUUUGGGGCUCAUUGUUUUGGGUUUUGUUUUGGGGGAUUUCUUUUGAACUGUGAAUCUAACAUUUUUAAAGGCUUUUUGAAAAUUGUUUAGGUUUUCUUUAUUAUUUCCACAGAAAGUGCAGGAAUGUUGAGUGAGUUAAUUGGAUUUCAAUGAAGGGAGAAAAUGCAGAACAAAAACUAUUAAACGCUGGUCAAAUGAACUGGAGAGUGGGUGACAAAAUUGAUGCAAGCUGUAUAAUCUGCUUUUAGAGUAAGCUAUAUCAAUCACAGUGCUAUAUUAUCAUUAUAAUCUGGUGUACAAUACUUCUGCCUUUUGAAUUCUGUAAUGGCUCUGUUUUUAUUUCUGCAUAUUGAAAAGCAGUUUAUUUUGAAGGUUUCAGUGUCCCUGGUUCAGAACUCUGUGCUGAGAAAUGGAGUUGGCUGGCUUUUUAUUUUCUUGUUCUCAAAGAUUGCAAUAAGGAGCUUUUACAUUUUAAACGUACCAGUCUUGCAUUGAUGAUGAUUAACAAUUUCUUUUGCCGUAGCUGUUAACACAUUGGAGGAAAAUAGGAGCUGUUUUGUAGGAUGUCUUGUUUUGAACGCGCUAUAAAUUUUAGAUGGGUCUGUCACUUAUAUCUGAUGGUAAAUUUAUCACUGUUGGAUCCAUGUUUGCUUUGGGCUAUAGAUCCUGAUGAAAAAUGCCACAAAGGGAACUGGUUUGGCGUUUUUAAAUCAUCAUCAUCAUGAUUUCUGUGUUCCUUUGGUUUUGUUUUGAGAUUAUAUUUUUCAUUUGGUGUGAAAAUCACCCAUGUGCAACGGUUCUCCUCUAAGAUGCCACAGCCUGCUUUGUGUAAGGGGGAAUUUUUACCUCACGAGAACAUACUCUGCAUAUAUGGUAUCUGGUAAUGCCGUGAACUAAAUGACUUCAGAUCACUGAUUUUCUGCAGGCUUGGUCAAGGGAGGGCAGCAGAUGACAAUAGGAAGCAAACGUCUCACUAGCAGCGUCAGAGGACUUGCUGAUUUUAUUUGGUUGCCACUGUUCUUUGAUUGCCACAUUUAGUUUUAAACAAGCUCCUAAAAACAGUAUGACUGGAAAGCACAUUUUUGAAUCUAGCAAACAUCAUUUGCAGUUUUCAGUGCCUGCCGUUUCCUUUGUCAUUAAAAAGGGGGGAAAUAUCCAACAACCUCACCUCCCCCAAAAUAUUACUGUAAUAAUAAACAUCUAAAAUUUUUGUAAAAAAAAUUUUAAAACUUUAAAAAAAAAAAGCAAGUACCAAGAGCUUUGUAUCUUCUUGAGUAUAUUAAAAAUUUGACAUGAAUACAUAUAUAUAAAUAAAUAAAUCUAUAUAUCUAUAUAUAUAUAUUGUUGUGCAGAGGAUAGGUUAACAAACCCAUGUAAAGUAGUUUGCAGGAGAGGGAAGCAUUUGUUGAUUCAGGGAAAAAGACUGAUGCCAGAAGCUGUCAGUGGUUUGGAUGAUACAUGUGCUCCUUCACACCCUCCCUUUUUGACCCUCAUCUUCCACGUACGUUGCAGUGGUCGCUUCUGGAUCCUGGGGAAGGUGAAGUUGCUUGGAGCAAAUUAAGAUAGCAAAGGUUUGUUUUUUCAUCUGCAUGAGAGUCCUGUUGGGCCAGAGAUGCUCAGCAGAUCAAGGGAAGCAAAGAGAUACAUCUGUGAUUAUCUGCAUUUGUGUCGGGGCAGUGUCUCUCUACGUGUAGACAUAAAGUGUGGCAAUGAAACCAGAUACAUAGUCUGACUGUAUAUUAUAUCAAUGGUGCUCUUUUCAUACUUGUUCUGCCAAUACGCGGAGACCCUUUUAACCAAGCUACACAGAAGAGUUUUAUAUCACUUUUGGUUAUGUACUUGGUGUAUUCUUUUUGUAUAUGAAAGGAUUUUUUAAAAACGUUCAGUAAUUAGCAAUGGAACCUGCUUUGUAGCUGAUUAGAACAGUGUAAGAGAAGGGCCGUGCUGUCAGUCUGUCCCUGAUCUACUUCAAACCAUAUAUUUACCAAAGGAGUCUGAGCAAAAGUUCACUUAAAAUAAAGACCUGACUGUUGAAAGGAGUCUCUGCUAAGACUUUGUGAUUUAGUUAUUGUACAGAUAUUUCAAAGCCAGCAAGAGGUUAACAAAGAAAACUGCAGGAAGGGGGAAGUGAAGUGACUAGGGGCCAGUUACGUCCAUGACUUUCUAUCCCAGAUGUCCCAUGGCUCUCCGUAGGGCACUACAGGGACACUCAACAUCUGGAUUGGAAUCUACUUCGGACUAGAAACACCGAGGAGUGUUUGAGAAACAAAUUCAGACCCUAUCCCACUUUCCCCCCAAAAUCCUUUUCAUAUUUACACUGCAUCCUGCGAUAGGCAAACCUCCCUGUCAGGUUAGAUGGCAUUGGCUGCCCAGGGUCAUUGUAGCAAACUGUUCUUUGUUUUCCUGGGGAUAAGCGUUCAUGGCAGCCAGCAUAGUUGUGAGCUGACAACAUGGUUUAUUGCUGCAGAAAAGCAAAGGAUGGUACAUCAAGAAGUCAGAUACCAAGUCCAUGGGCCAAGACUUCCCCUGGGAAUCACAUGUCUUACCCCUGCCCUUCCCAUGCCUUACAAUAACAACGAAUUCCCAAGUAUGUAGCAAUAACCCAUCAUUUACGUUACUGUGGUUUUUUUCUUCUCGCCAAACUGUUGUUUGGAUAUUGAGGAAGGAAAACGGAUUGGGGCAUGACUUGCAUAUGAGACUGUCGCCUCGUAUUAUCAGCCCACCAGCUGAAGUCCAAAGCAAGAUACUUUGAACCAGGCCUGGUGAUUUAACGUCCUUUUUCUCUAUGGCCACAAGCUCGGUGGUGGGAUGUGUGCCCACACCUGCCCUUACCUCUCCCCUUGUUGGCGCAAGUGUGACUGGCUGUUUGAGCUGUUCUGGGAUGUGGGUGGAUGAACCUGUAAUUGUUGUAUUUUGGCAGCAGGGACUGUAUGUAAAGAAGGGAAAGUGGCAGUGUGUGUGACUAAAGCUACAGUAGGGUCUAGAGUCUCCUGCUAAAAGGCAGGCAGUGCUUUUUAGGGCUCAGGUAUGCGACCUCCUCUUUUCCUUUUGGCUCCACUGUGAAAACUGGAGGGAAUCUGCCUGCAAAGGGCUGGGGUAGAAGAGAUUUCUACCUGCAGAAAUUCUAGUGGGAGGGAUGGUUGUGGAAGGAAGCGAUGGUGUUGCAAGACUCCUGCUCAAGAGGAGGAAGUUUGAUGGCCCAGUGAGGGCUGAGAUAACAGGGGAGAAGGAGACUUUGGAUGGCAUGUAAUUACUGCAGAACUUUCUUCCCAGGGGUGUGGCUUGAACAUCUCCCAGGCAUCUUCACUCAGCUGUGGAGGUUUUAAAAAAACACAUUGUGUGUCAAGACUCCCCUGGAGAAGCAUCAAGUGUGGUUGUUGAGUGAGAGCAAUUGUACUUGUGCUUACAGCCUCCCAAGUUGGUCUGUCUGGAGAAUCUGAGGAGGAGAGUGGAAGGGCAAGGCUUUAGGACAUUCUGACUUAAAGUUAAGUAGCAAUUUAGCCAUAAGUGUAACUUGACGACUCAAGAGGUGGUGUCAGCUUGAAAGGCUCCCCUGAGAACAGCUUGGACAGCCACAGGACCUGAUCUUCAGUGUCGUCUGGGCCAAACACCUGCCUAUCCUAGUCCUACUCUUGUGCGCUCAGACAUGCCGAUUCUUGAGUGCGUCUGUAUCAGGAAAGCAAAUCUUGUCUCUGUUGCCAAGACAUUACAGAAGGGACUGACGUGGGGACUAGGAACUGACUUGCUGUAAGUGACAUGUCAAGAAAGCAGGAGGUGGCACAUUUGUUACAGCAGAGUAGUAAGUUCUUGGCAGCUCUGAGGAGCGGUUUUCAGUAAUGCUUUCUAGCAUGCAAGGCUUAUGCUAGGCAAAGCAGUUUUCACUCCUAGAGCAGUUUCAUGAGAUUGAAGGUGGUGACUUACCUUCUGUUACUUGCCUUAAAGUUGAGCGUAUAGGCUCAGCUACCUGUGAAACCCUUCAAGCAAGCAAAGCUUCAGAAGCCAAAUGGGCACAUUAGAGUGGUUAUAGAUAGCCUCUUCUGCUGUCCGACUGCCCACUCAGUGAAGACUACAGUGUGCCAAUAACUUCAGCCACCAUUUUUGUGCUGUUGGGGUGGAGUUGGGCUCUCACAGUUUUUGAAGGUGUUUAUACAGGCAUAGUUUCUUGCAAAAUUUGUUUUGAUGCCCCUAAAAUCUGGUGUUUCCUUAUCUUUGGCAGAGAAAUUCUCUGAUUUAUUGGUACAAUAACUAAUCUAGUGCAUUUAAGGGGAAGGUAUUAUGAACCUUUUUUUUCUGUCUUACCCCUUUUACAUCAGGGUAGGAUGUUCCGAAGUCCAAGGUGAGGAGGAAGAUAGCGCAGCUACUACAAGGUCUGCCAAUCUGGUUCUUACUGUUCAGAAAAACAAAAUAACUAGACUAAGAAGCUUACUGGUAAUUAGUAGCUAAUGUGUUUGUAACUAUCAUGUGCCUUAAAAUUUUCAUGGUAGGAAAAUUAAAAAAAAAUCAACAAUGUGUUUUCUGUAAUACUGCUCAACAUUCUCUCUGUAGUUUAGACUGGUGGGAUUUUGCAUUGUAUUUACACUGUACUAUAAACUGAAACACUUAGAAUGGUUUGAUUUUACAAGUAUGGAGAGGAAAAAAAAGGUGGAUUAUGCUUUUCAUAGAACAAAUGUUACCAUGACAGAAUGUAUUAUUAUUAUAGGAUCUUUCCAUAAUGCAGACAAGUAGAAUGCUUGUUAGAAACCAGGUAUGUAGGAUAACAAUUUGGUGUGUUUUCAAUAAACCAUGCCUGGAA